CAUGAUGGUCUGGCUUUGGUCCGGUUGAGCGAAGCGCCGUUCGCGCUUGUACUGUGUAUACCAUCGAGCAGCCAGGUUCAGAUCGCAUUUAACUGGCGAGUAAUUCACACGUCUUUUGCAUAUCUCUUUUAUAGAGUUGAAAAAAGCAGUUUGUACUGCAGUGCAGUGAAGUUGAGCAAGUGAACUUAGUGGAACUUUAGUUAGGACUGUGAGUAAGCUUAACAAUUUGAAGAAGAAGAAGAAAAAAUACGUACCGGUGUAUUUGUGUUACUCUAAGUAACUGAAUGCGGGUGUUUGAGAAAGUUAAAUCUACCAUGGACACAAUGCAGAGAAGAAAUAGUUUAAACAUAGCUUUCGGUAAAUGGUGGACCCAGGCGGGUUCCAGUGGCUCUGGCAAAAGCUCAUCCUUUAGCAGUACCGUGGCGAUUCAGAAGCUUCGUGAAUCCAAAUGGUUUGAUUCGGGCGAAGAGCGCAUCUUUUGUGCAGUAAUCGAAGCCGGAUUUGUUGUUGAACUGCGCCAUCCUGAAACCAGUGAGAGCUGGUUCGGUGUGACGGCCAUCGAGAUGAAAAAAUUAACAAAACCAGUGGCGGAAAAUAUUAAAAUCUACUCUGUCAAGCUUUCCGAUAGUCACAAAAGGCUCAAGAUCUACAAUACUUCGCUAGACAAGCUUUGGCAACAAGGAUAUCAAAUUCGAAUUAAUAACCUGUGCGAUAAAACUAAAAAAGCCCACAAUGAGAAAGAUAUUCUGGCACAGAUCAAAUUUGCAAACAAAACUAAAAUGACGUUCCAUAACAGCCAGCAUUUUGCCGAAUUCUGCCGAUAUGGUGACCGUCCGCAGGACAACCGAAAGCGACAAAUAUCCGAAUGUGCCAAAUGGGGUGGCACGAAUAUGGGUGCCACAAUUAUAUAUUUCGCAAUGCAAGCGCGUGACACACAUUCAAAUUCGAGAUGAGGAUACAACGAAUCAGCAUGGCUUCACCGAUUACAAAUUGGUGCUCGUUUGUAAUCAUUAUAACUUUAGCUACCUAACGUUUUAGUUCUGGCAGAAAUUGAGCCUUAUCCGAAGGUGUGACUGUAUAUUAAGACUUUUAGGAUUAUAUGUAAUGUAAACAGAUUCACAUAACUGUAACAUGUACUACAACACACAGUUAGUGUUUAAAACCUAAGGAGAUUAGAUGCGACACGUUGGUUUUGUCUUCCCAGAUGCUUAUUCAAUUUCUAGAAGACGGAUCAUACACAAUAUUGAAAGGCAAGCUCGAGAAAGGUGUUGUAUCUCGAAUUGGAUGCAAAAUACCCGUUCGAUAAACAAAAUUGCUAGAUGUAAAAGUGCACACGAAAAAGAUAAAGGCAAUGCAAAAUUCAAUCAUUUAUAUGUGAGUGAGUGUCAAUAUUGUACAUAUUUUUUAGUUUAAUGUUAGAAAUUGCUAGAUUUCUCUACAUCAGUUUUUUUGUUGUAGAUAAUUGCGGUAAAUGAGAAUCAUUUACUAAUUUAAGGUAAUAAAUAUUAUUAAAAAUCACAAUAAAGUCAAAAAACAUGUUACCACAGUUUUACGUAUAGAAGUUAUUUCUGCUCGCAGAGCUAAGAGCAAUAGUCAAUAUCCAAGCGAUUCAAAAUGUUAUACAGUAAAAUCUGGUUCAUUCGGUCGAUCAAUAUGUGCAAUUCAUGCUCACCAACUUUAUGCGAGAAGAAUGGCAUUUCAGUAAUUGUACCGAAAAAGCCCACGAUGUACUGUACUUAGUAGGUAAUAUAAAGGACACCAAAGUAAUAAGUAACAAAAAACUUUGAAGCAAAGUUCUACUUUUAAAUUUUAAGUUUUGUUUUAAAUACAACACGUCGUUAAACUUCCUCGUCCAGGUGAUAAUUCAAAUCUUUGUAAAAAUAUGCUGUUGUGUUUAAUGGCUAUAUAUAAUAAAAUAUUUCAAAUGAC